ACCACAGUCUGUCUUUCAGUAUCCAAUCCACCGCAAGUUGGUUGCAUGAUUCGGUUCAAUUUAAACGUUUGUAAAACAACAAAUUGGUGUCAAUGUUAAUAGUUAAAUCAGACUCAACGCUCAAGUUUCUGCCAUCCGUAAGGCUCAUAAACAACUUGAACAGCAAGGGAAGCCGUACGGGAAAUUCCGGCAACCAUCUUGAGUUCCAAGUGCUCACACAAAUCCAGUACGUACCCUGAUAGCGGUAACAUCCCCAGAAACCAACGGCAACACAAUGCA